UAGAAAUAAGAAAAUGUCAAAAAUGAUUUUUUCGUGGCGCUAAUUUGACAAAUUAAAGUAUUUUUAUUAUGAAUCAAAAACAAAGGAAUACAAAAAUGAUCACAACACGAAAGAAGGCGCGGCCAAUAGUCGGUUUAAACAGGCUUCAAGAAAAUAAAAAUCUUCAGGCACUUAGAAACAUAACGAAAACCGACUCGGAGGAAACACAGGAAGAAUACGAAGCCAACGUUUCAUUUAAGUCCCAGGUAGAGAGAUUCAUUGAAAUAUCGAAAUACUUCUCCAAUCCAUUUCGAAAAACUGCGUCAUACAUUUGCGAGAAUCAGCUAGUGACGUAUCCGAGCUCCUUCAGGAUUGAAUACAAGCGGGGCGGUAUCACUACAGAACACAUAAAAUUCUGCAAUCUCACAUUGGAGCCAGUUUACGUAAAACUUUUUAAAUUGAUUCCCGAUUUGGAGCAACUCAAGUUCAUAAAUUUGUCUCUAUCGCGCAGCAACAGAAUACCGCCAGGAUUAUCGUUUAGUUUGGGUUUCGUGUACGAUGACGUAAAUGAGAAGCCUUCGUGUAAUGCUAAAAUGAUCUUUGUUGCCUUGAGAAAAACAACUACUCCGUGCUAUCAGAUUUGUGAGAUUGAUCUUCUUAUAGAUGCACAAAAAAAUCGCCUGGUAACGAUUUAGUAGGUACUUAUGUCUGUUAGUAAUGUAGAAAUAAAAUAAGACGAGUGUU